AUGGCCUCUGCGGAAAAACACCGCCUGUACCGCCUGAAGCUAGAGGAGCUCACCAAACUCCAGGACAACUGUACCAACUCCAUCACACGCCAGAAGAAAAGGCUCCAGGAGCUGGCCUUGGUGCUGAAAAGAUGCAGGCCCUCUCUCUCAUGCGAGUCUGCAGAGGCCGCACAGGACCUGGAAAACCAGAUGAAGGAGCGCCAAGGCCUCUUCUUUGACAUGGAAGCCUAUUUGCCUAAGAAGAAUGGGUUGUACCUGAGUCUGGUUCUGGGGAAUGUCAACGUGACACUUCUGAGCAAGCAGGCCAAGUUUGCUUACAAAGACGAGUAUGAGAAAUUCAAGCUCUACCACUUGAUCAUCCUCAUUGUCAUCUCCUUCUCUUGUCGCUUCCUGCUCAACUCCAGGUGCAUGUCUGUGUGUGUCUGGGUGUGUCUGGGGGUCUCUGGGGGCAUUCUCAUCAAUAAUGGUUACAGGAUCAAAGGCUGGUGGGUGUUCCAUCAUUACGUGUCCACGUUCCUGUCGGGAGUCAUGCUGACCUGGCCAGAUGGUCUCAUGUACCAGAAGUUCCGGAACCAGUUUCUGUCUUUCUCCAUGUACCAGAGCUUUGUGCAGUUUCUGCAGUAUUACUAUCAGAGCGGGUGCCUGUACCGCCUGCGCGCCCUGGGCGAACGACAUACUAUGGAUCUCACCGUAGAAGGUUUCCAGUCUUGGAUGUGGAGAGGCCUCACCUUCCUGCUUCCUUUCCUCUUCUUUGGACACUUCUGGCAGCUCUUUAAUGCAUUGACAUUGUUCAACUUGGCCCGGGACCCUGAGUGCAAGGAGUGGCAGGUGCUCAUGUGCGGCUUCCCCUUCCUUCUCCUUUUCCUCGGCAACUUUUUCACGACCCUCCGAGUGGUACACCAGAAGUUCCACAGCCAGCAGCAAGGGAGCAAGAAGGAUUAAGCUAGAUGUGAUGGCCAGCCCCAAAGGGGCUUCGACCUGUGUGCCAGGUGGGGUGGCAGGUUGGGGCACCCCUGUGUGUAGGGGGUUCCCUUCUGUGCCCCCUGGGCUUCGUGGGCUCUGUGGGCCCUGAGGAAGGCCUGGGCCUGGAGCCCAGCUUGCAGGAUUUGGGCUCUGGGCCUCAAUAAAGGAAGAGAGGCAUGGAA